AUGUCAAAAAAUACAUCUAAGGCUAUAAGAGAAAAAUUAGACCAGAUACUAGGAUCUCAACAUGACAACAACAAAUUUAUUGACUUUUGCUUUCUUGCUUUGGAAACUAAAGUUAACACUAAUUUUUCCAAAGUAUCAAAACAGUUAUUUGGAUUUUCAGAGUCAACAAACAUUUUAUUUUUGGCCUCACUUCUGGACUCCUUUAUUAUUCAUUUUAAAGAACUAAUUUGGCUGCCAAGAUGUAAUGCUACUAUUGCAUGGGAAAAGGCUAGAAAUAUUAGAAGAAAAGACAAGUUAAAUGAAUCUGAAUAUAUGGAUCAUUAUUUAAAAUCCUCUCACCAACAGGAUAAUCAUUCAAGACAGGAUAAACAUCUCUCAAAGAAGAAUAAUUUACCAAUUUCACAGAAAGGUCAAACAGUAGUACUUGAUGAUAUUCUUUUUGAGCUGGAUUCAGUACAAUCUGAAAACUCAGUGAAUGAAAAUUUCAUUUUAUCAAAGUACUAUAGAAUGGGAAAAAAAGCUCAGGAUCAGAUGUGCUUACUGAUUAGUAAUAACUGGUAA